AUGUGCUACUCCGAACUUACUAUCCAGCCGGAUGAACGCCUAGGCGAUGUCGACUCGUCGUACGGCGAUGACAGUGACAGCGAGUCGCAAACGACUUCAUUGAAAUCCUCCGUGACCAACUAUGUCUACGAGAACGGCCGCCGAUACCAUGCCUUCCGCCAGGGCUCAUACUGGGGCCCCAACGAUGACCUGGCCUGCGACAACCUCGACUUGUUCCACCAUCUUUUCACCCUCACACUCAACGGCAACCUCUUCCUGGCGCCAAUCUCACACCCCAACCGCGUACUCGACUUAGGCACAGGAACCGGCCUCUGGGCGAUAGACUUUGCGGACAUGUUUCCUGCAUCAUCUGUUAUCGCAACCGAUCUCUCACCCGUCCAGCCGACGUUAAUCCCGCCCAAUCUCGAGUUCCAGGUUGACGACUUUUGUCUCCCAUGGACCUUUACUAAGGAAAGCUUCGACUUUAUCCAUGCCCGGUCGAUUUACGGCUGCGUUGCCGAUAUCCCCGCCUUGUACGACCAAGUGAUGCAACACCUGACCCCCGGUGGUUGGUUCGAGCAGGCCGAAAUUAGCGUUGUGCCGCACUCAGAAGAUGGAAGUAUUGCAGGAACCUCGCUUGAACAAUGGGGUCCACUCGCCCUGGAAUGCGGCGUCAAGUUUGGCAAGUCAUUCAGUGUUGCCGAGGACACGGGCAAAUUAUUCCAGGAUGCCGGUUUUCAAAACAUCACCUACCGCACGUUCAAGUGGCCGAUCGGCCCGUGGCCUAAGGAUAAACGGUACAAGGAGAUCGGCAUGUAUAACCGAAUCGGAUGGGAAGAGGGACUAGAGGGCUGGGCUAUGUUUCUCUUCACUAAGUUUUUGGGGUGGUCACCAGAGGAAGUUCAGGUCUUGCUCGCCAAGAUUCGGUUAAAUCUGCGGGACAGAGCGAUACAUGGGUAUCAAUACAUCUCGAUAUGUUAUGGCCAGAAGCCGAUGCAAUGA